AUGAUCUUCCUGUCAGGCCAGAUCCCCGCCGACUCACAGGCUAGGCUUAUAGAAGGAACAAUUGCUGAGAAGACGCAUAAGAUGUGUCAGAACGCAAAGGCUGUUCUAGAGGAAGCAGGUUCCAGUCUCGAUAAGGCUGUUCGGAUAACGGUUUACUUUCAGAAUAUGGAUGACAUGAAGGACAUGAACGAGAUAUAUGCCGAGUAUUUUCCACACAGGCCUGCUAGAAGUGCAUGCGAGUCCCCGAGACUUCCUGCUGGUGCAAGCAUGGAGAUGGAUAUCAUUGCGUUGCAAUAG